AUGCUUGAAGAAGUCACCACCAAGACGAGUUCACAGCAAUUGUCAAAACAGUUUACAUCUCCAGUCACUCCGACAACGCGCUUGCAGGCCGCAUAUGGCAGCUCAGGUUCCGCGGAGAUUAGGAAACCAAUCGUCAGGCCGCCGUUCCCUGAAUCUGUUCGCGAUCGCUCGCCUAUUAUCGGUCUCUCGUCAAACUCGUUGCUCAGAACGUGUUUUCGCAUCGGUGAGGUGAUCAAUCAGAGUUGUCAAGCAUCCAAGUCUGGGAAGCGCAUUAUGAUCGAAAUGUACGCUAGAAUCCUUGCUUCGGAGCGAACUGGCACAGAGCAACAAUUCACAUUCUGCGACCUCUUCCAUGCAAGGCCGCCUUAUAUCAAAGGAGCAUACAGCGCUGCGAUCUGGAAGUCGGUGCCCCUGUUCGAGUACGACUGCAGUAGGCUUUUACAACAAGGGCGGAUAUGUCGGUGCAUUGGCACCAUGAAGCGAGAGGGAAAAGUGUGGACCAUGACCGUGCUUAACAUUUGGGAAGCUACCUGGGAAGAUACUGAGUGGGUAGAGGCCAUUGUGACCUUGUAG